ACAUGAACUAUUGACAUGAUUAGGCUGUGUGUGAUGAUGCCUUGGCGUGUGCAGUAGUAGGCCUAGAUAUAAAUUAUGACAUUAGAAAACAGACAGAUGGGUUCGUAGCCUACUGUUCUGGCUGUGCUGCAAUUGACAGUUGUUGAUUGUCUGGAAUUAAUAAAAAUAAACACUCUUAUAAAUAAGUGCAUCUAGAACUUGGAGGAAUCCUGAAAACGGAGAAAAAAAACGUCUCGUACCAAUUCCGUCAUCUUCGGAGAUCACCGGGAGCUCGCACCGAAUAUCCGCUGCCCCGCCUCCCCUCUCCUCUCCCGGUCAGCUCGAGACCAACGGAAACAUCAUUGGCUUGUCCGGCUGAUCCACACGCGAGAAACGGAUCUCGGAGACAUACAUACAUUUGAUUUGUUACAACGUAUCUGGAAGUGUGAGAGCAUUCCUCCCCAGCUGAUCCAGACGGAAGUCUCCGACUCAGAGGCUUUAACAUUCAGCGGUGACCAGACAAGGGGACACGGUGUUAUUGGUAAAUACCGUCUGGAAUUAAUCCCGUGGAUUAUCCGUGGGUGUCUUUAGUGGAGACACGGCCCGGUGUCCCCACCGCCUGUCUGUCUCCCGGUCGGUCGGGUGGAUCUGCCGUGGUAGGACUGUCAUGAGCCCGGGCUGGGAAUGGCAUCCUCUCCCAGUGUUUGUAAGAAGGUCGGGCCGGUGGAGGAGGAGAACGGAGAACCGGAUCUUUCUCUACAAGAGAUGUUGAAGGCGAUAGCCGACGAACGGAACCGUCUUACUGUCAGACAAGAAACUAGUGGACUUGGGUGUUUUAAGGACGACCGCAUCGUGUUCUGGACAUGGAUGUUCUCCACGUACUUCAUGGAGAAGCUGUCGCCGCGGGAACAGGACGACAUGUUGUUUUACGUCCGCAGGAAGCUGUCAUACGUCAGCCCCGACCAAUCAGAGGGCAAGAAGGUAGAUGUGGAGGUGUACAGGAGAGACUCUAGGAAGCUUCCAGGUUUAGGAGAACCUGACAUCGACUGGGAGGAGAGUGUUUACCUGAAUCUGAUCUUAAUGAAGCUGGACUAUGUGGUGACGUGUGCCGUCUGCACGCGCUCAGACGCAGGAGACAUCCACAUUCACAGGAAGAAGUCUCAGCAAGUGUAUGCGUCGCCAAGUAAACACGCCAUGGACAGUAAAGGGGAGGAGUCUAAGAUGAGCUACCCCAACAUCUUCUUCAUGAUUGACAACUUUGAGGAGGUGUUCUGUGACAUGACGGUAGGCGAGGGGGAGAUGGUGUGUGUGGAGUUGGUAGCCAGUGAUAAGAGCAACACGUUCCAAGGAGUCGUCUUCCAAGGUUCCAUCCGCUACGAAGCUCUGAAGAAGGUUUACGACAACAGGGUGAGUGUGGCAGCGAAGAUGGCCCAGCGCAUGUCGUUCGGCUUCUACAAGUACAACAACAUGGAGUUUGUCAGGAUGAAGGGGCCGCAGGGCAAAGGUCACGCUGAGAUGGCGGUCAGCCGGGUCCCGACCGGAGACAUCCCCUGCGGCACAGAGGAGGACCUGGACUCACCCCUACACGAGAGGGUGACGUCGUUCAGCACCCCUCCCACCCCGGAGAGGAACCGCCCCUCGUUCUUCUCCCCUUCUCUCCGUCGGAAGGUCCCCAGGAACCGUAUCACUGAGAUGAAGAAGAGUCACUCAGCCAACGAUAGUGAAGAGUUCUUCAGGGAAGAGGACGACGAGGGUAAUGAUAUUUUAUACCCAAACACCACGUGUUGUGUCCAGACCCCCAGGUCGGUCCCUAUCACCUCAGGUCCAGACCCACUGACCGUACCAGGAGUCUUCCCUAUCACCUCAGGUCCAGACCCCCACCCAUCAGUCCCUAUCACCUCAGGUCCAGACCCCACACCAUCAGGUCCCUAUCACCUCAGGUCCAGACCCAAACUAUCAGUCCCUAUCACCUCAGGUCCAGACUAUCACCUCAGGUCCAGACCCCCCACCAUCAGGUCCAGACCCACACACCAUCAGUCACUAUCACCUCAGGUCCAGACCCACACCCCUACCAUCAGUCCCUAA